CAAGCCCGCAAUCUCCCGAGCAAACCCCAGAGCCCCAACUCCGGCACCGGAAAUGCGGCGCGGGCGCGGCGGCGGCGGGCGGCGCCCGAGGGCGCCUCCCUCCUCGGCGUCCGUCGACCAGACCCCUAUGACGGACCUGCCGUUCCACCCGCGGAACCUCGACCACGCCUUCUCCCGCCGCGACUCCGACGCCGUCAGCAUCUGCAGCAGCCGCCCCUCCUCCAUCCGCACGGCGGCGACCUCCCACGCCGGCGGGCCCAUAACCAGCCUCUCCGACCGCGCCUCGCAGGCCGCCGCCCUCCGCGCCGUCAACGCCUACCUCGCCCCCGCCGCCAUCCGCCUCCGCCCGCCCCUCCCGUCCGCCAAGGACAUCGUCGCCGCUUUCCACCACCUCGCCCACCGCCUCCGCUACCCCCUCAUGGCCGCCGGCUGGGAGGACGACCUCAUCGCCCUCCUUCGCGCCCUCGCCUGCCCCUACAAGGUCACCAGAUCCGCCCUCAAGGCCCCCGGGACCCCGCACUCCUGGCCGCCGCUCCUCUCCAUCCUCUACUGGCUCACCCUUCUCUGCCGCUUCACCGACGGCCUCGACGCGUCCCCUCCCGACCCCGCCUCCAAUGACCUCAUGAUGUACCUCACUCAGAGCUACUGCCUGUACAUCUCUUGCUGUGAUGAGGCCGCCGACUCCCUCGACGAGGACUACCACUCCAAGGCCCGCGCCCAAAUCGAUGAAAAGCGAAGAGACAUGCAGGAACUGGAGAAGGAGCUUCAGGAUGUCGAGGCGGAGCGGAACAAGCAACUGUCGGCGCCCUCUCGCCUCAAGGCGAUGGAGGAGAAGAAGGAUGCAUUUACUGCCGACGUUCAGAAGUUUGAGGCGGUGGUGGAGAGCUGGUCCACCAAGAUCAAGGAGAAGGAAGAGGCUUUGCUGGAGAAGGAGAAGGAGCUUGAGGCCAAGGUGUUGAAUUGCCAGCAGAUCAUGGCCGAGAAUGAGGAGCUGGUGAAACAGGUGGAGGUGCAGGUGGUCAAUGUGAGGGACGUCAAUAGGAUGGCUAGGGAGAUGCAAGCGGUGGAAAAUGAUAUUGCCAAGUUGGAGAAUAUGAAUGCCGCACUGGAGGAGAAGGGGUGGGAACUCGAAGCUGCGCUGGUCAGUAAGCUUGAGGAGAUCGAGGGCCUUGCCGAGCUGUGCAACCAGUCCCUCAGAAAGUUGAAACCCAGGAUUGAUUUCCAGUACGAGGUAAAUUCAAAAGGAUCCUCCCCGGCUGAGAUCCUUGGUACCACCUACAAAACCGCCCUGAAGCCCGCACUCAAUGCUCUUCUUAGUGAGACUAACAUGCUAGUUACCUCAAAGCAUGGUGAGUCAGUUGAUCUACAAAAGAAGUUGCAAGGAAUUGUUAACAUGUUGGAGGAGAAAAGGAAUCAUGUUUCUGUUCUACAGGCUAAACAUAACGAGAUGACUGCUCAGAUGGACUCACUGGAUCGUGAAAUCCAAAGCCAUGUUUCACGCUGCGCAACCGAUGCUAGAAAAAUGAAAGACAAGUUUGAGGAAAAAGAACAUCACCUGAACACCGUCGAGAAGGAGGCAGAGGUCUUUUUAAAGAACUCCGAGGAGGGUCUCCAAGCUGCGUUGAGGGAGACCGACGAAGAAACCCAGAUGUGCGCCAGGGAGCUGCUCAAGCUCAUCGAUUCCAUCUCGGAGUACAAGGAGUUUGUGGAGCUGUUGAUUGCCGAGAUAGUUGAAGAGCUCCACGAAAGCGCCGAAAACAUGGCUUCGCUGUGAUCCAAGACUCUGGUGUGAGGUCACAGGUUUGAAGCGAGUUGUAUUUGGUGCUGCUGCUGUAGAGUUUGUCCGUACGCGAAUAGGUACCUUAUUGGAUUGUUUAACGUCGUCUUCGUUGUAGUGUGAUAGUUUGAGGGCUUGAUUGGAGUUGUAGUCGUGCGCAGGUGAGAUGAGUUUGGUGUGCGUGUUUCUUGCUGCAUUGGCCAGAUGAACAUGCAGAGUACUCCCUUCAUUCCCAAAUAUACAAGUCCUUUUAGAGUUUC